AUGAAUGACAGCGUCACGCAAAAUACAAAUUUGGAACCUGGAUACAGAUCAGCCGUUCAAGAAAAUGCUCUCAUCGUUUCACUACAAAUGUUCAAUCUCAUUGUUGAAAAAUGCGUGACGUUAUUGUGUGAUCAAUUGGAAAAUCAAUGCGAUUUGAAAAACAGGCUCGUCGUCGAUGACGUUCAAGUUCUUCUUCCGGCAAUAAAAGUUUGGUGCGAUUGGCUUAUAUGUCACGUAAACGUUUGGAAUCCUCCACCCAGUUGUUCAGAAUAUAGAGUAGGGCCGGCUGGAGAUGCUUGGAAUCGUUUAGCGUUUUUAGUUAACCUUUUGGACAAGUUAGAUUAUCGGAAAACGGUUCUCGCAACGUCUCACAAAGAAGGUUUGGAGAUUGUGAGACUUCCAGAAGAUGCUACAUUAGCCGGUUUCACGCCCCUCAUGCUUAGCGAACAAGAUCAAAUUUAUACUAAUUCGACAAAUGAUAUGGAAUUGGCUCAAUGUUGUUUGAGAAUUAGAAAAAUUAUAUUUGCCGGAACUGUAUUUCUUUGCGGAACGGAACCUCCCGUGCUCAAACUUCAAAAAUAUGAUAAUUACAGCGAAUACGUCUCGGUGGUUGAUAGCUCUGGUCAUUCUCAAUCUAGUCCGACGGAAGAUCAGAGCGAUGCGGAACUCGUGGUGGAAAGUUUUAGCGAAGAAGAAUGUGAAGAUCAUCACAGCAACAGCGAUGAAAAACCUAAGCUCGAACAACCGCUGUCGUUGGACUCAUUGGAAAUGGCCACGUCUUUGUCCGCGGUCGAAACCAGAAGGUUACUCAUAAGAAAAGAAGAAUUGGAAAAAAAACAUCAGAGACAAGAAAGGCACAGGAAAAGAGUUCAAGCCAUUUUACAACAAAGCGGACUUAGCGUUGUGAUCGAAGUAAAGCCUAAAUACCUAGUUCCAGACACAAACUGUUUUAUUGAUUAUCUCGAGCUUCUUAAAAAAAUAGCAAGUAUUCCAGCCCCCGGAAUGGAGCCUUAUUACAUUCUUACUAUUCCUCUUAUUGUUUUAAACGAAUUGGAAGGACUCGCUCGUGGUGGACGGGAUCGUGAUCUCGGGCAUUUGUCCUUGAUUGAACAAGAGCAUGCUGCUGAUGUAUCCGGCAGCGCGAGAGCAGCCCUCAAUUACCUUCGAUCUCCAAUGCGCUCUCUGCCAACCAUUCGCUGCGUUACGACCAGAGGAAAAUUCAUUAAUUCAUUCACGACCUUUGUGGUCGAAGAUGACAUCGAUAGAGAUCUCAAAAAUGAUGACAGGGUAUUGGCAACGUGCAUCAGUUUGUGCCGAAAUUCGGGAAAAGAGCAAACAAAACCUGGUAAUCCUAGACAUUUAGUUAGAGAAGUAGUUUUGCUUACAGAAGAUAGAAAUUUAAGGGUGAAAGCCCUUGCUCGUGAUGUUCCCGUUCGCGAAGUACCGGAUUUUGCGCAGUGGGCUGGAUUGGGCUGA